GCCCUUUUGUACCCUGGCCCCGGCCACCAGCGCGCGGGGCCGCGGCGCCCGUUGACCUAGUACCUGGGCAGUGUGAGGAGCCGUUUCGUAAGUCAAGUAGGCUAGACCUAAGUAUUGUAAUUUUAAUAUCGGUGAUUUCGAUACUGUAUGAUACAUGUACCUGAGUGAGGUGGUACAAUGGCACGAUCGGGUGAAGAAAAUGGGGCCUCAGCGAGCAAGGACGGUAAAGUGUGCAUUAUAACUGGAGCAAAUAGAGGCGUGGGCUUGAAGGCCACAGAAAAAUAUGCAGCAGCCGGCUACGAGGUCAUCAUGGCCUGUCGAGACCAGACCAAAGCAGAGGAUGCGAUCAGUGGCAUCAAAAGAACCAACCCAGAUGCAAAGCUAACCUUCAUGAAGCUUGACCUUGCUUCCUUGAAGUCAGUGCGCCAGUUUGUGGAUGAAUUCCACGCCGCAGCCAAGCCCUUGCACGUCCUGUGCAACAACGCCGGCAUGACCACGGGUUUCAGGAACGGCAAGGGACCAUUCAAGACAGAAGAUGGCUUCGAGGUCACUUUUGGAAUCAACCACCUGGGUCAUUUCCUGUUGACCUUGCUGCUGUUGGAUGACCUGAAGAAGACUGCAUCAGAAGCCGGCGAGGCUCGCAUUGUCGUGACAGCAUCCUCCCUUCAUGAUCCAGAUAGUAUAAAAGGCAUGCGAGCACCAGGUGCUCACCUUGACUUUGACAAUCUGCAACUCCUGGAGGGCCCAUACAACGGCGAGCUGGCAUACAAGAACUCCAAACUGGCCAAUGUGCUCUUUACCAAGGAACUUGCUAGGAGACUUGGAGAGUCAGGGGUUACAGUCAAUGCACUCUGCCCAGGGUUCAUCCCAUCGACUGGGUUAAUCCGAAAUGAGAGCAGCAUGAAGAGGUUUAUGCUGACCAAGGUACUGUACCCGAUGUUCAAAUGGAAGGGAAUUACCAGGACGGAAAUCCAGGGAGGGGAGUCUGUUUACCAUGCCGGCACCGACCCAAACCUGAAAGGGAAAACGGGCGGCUACUACCGGGACUGCAAAGAGACGGAGAGCUCAGUGGAAUCCAACGACACAGCGGUGGCCAAGAAAUUAUGGGACGUCAGCGCCCAGAUGGUGAACUUAGAGGAGGAAAAGAAUCUGUAAGAGGAAAAAACAGAGGGAACGUUUAUUUUGGUCUUUUUUUUUCUAUUCAUUAUCAUUACAUUUCAUAAAAACGAUUUUCCUUCAUUUUUAUGAUGGCCAGAUGCUGAAUAGUGAACAUGCGGGUUGCCAUGGCAUUUUUCACACUCAGGAAUUAUAUGCAUGUUGAAUUUUUGCUUGGACCAAAUUGAGUGCCUGGCUGUCAACCGGGCUACGAGGGUUGGCACUGAAUUUAAUGGAUAAUUUGUAAGAACCAGGAAUUUUCUCAUUGAAUUCAAAAUGCUAAUCAUAUUUCUUUAUCACAGACUGACAAAUGAAUCACAAGUAAUCGUUACGUUAACAAUUCCUUGAAGCAAGGUUUAAGUUCAAAAUGAUUCUUAUGAAUGUAGUAGCUAGGAAUCUUUCCAAAAACCUUUUUUGGUUCACUUUACAAGCUUUUACCAAUUUUGCAACAUUCAAUAAUUGUUAAAGCUGUACCAAAAUUGACCUGACAAAUUGUUAAUCUUAAUUACAGCAUUCAGGGUGAAUGUUCACAGUAAAAUGAUAUCUGUCAUUUAAGCAGUUCUGAAUUUCUUGUGUUGUUGUCAUUGAUAUAUUAAAAUUUGUUAUGUAAAUGUGGUAACAUAUUUUUAAGUGAAAUAAUAUCCAUUUUGUGCUGGCAAAUGGAGUUGAAUGUAUUGUUUCUAAAACCUAACUUGAAAAGGUGGAAGAUAAUUCAUAUUGGUUUUCUAAAUGUCACUUCAAUCGAAGUAUGAUAUAUUUUCUUAUUGUACAGAAUGACUCAUUAAAUUGACACUAGAAAAAUAGCGUCAAAUAAAGUCAAUAGUUUGUAUCAAUAAAAUUGGAAAUAAAUGUUUUGUGUCAGUGGAAGUUG